AUGAGAAGACGAAUCACUUACAUCUACGGGGCAGAGUCGCCCUUUGAUCCGGAUCAGCAGGCCCGAGUCAGCAAUGAUGCCUUGUCGAUAAGAGGGUUGAAUGCCGCGAAGGAAGAACGGCUCACAUUCGGAUUCGAUGAGUUCCCUAGCGAGUUAGGUAAAAGCUUUGGCAAGUUCUCAAGAAUUGUCAUGAACUCCAUGUCCGAUGGGCGACUGAGCGGCCGUACGAUGCUCUCGCGCCGUUCUCCAGCCGAGUAUCUCCCGAUUUCAUUCACGACUUCUCCGAUUCUCUCCCAACGAUUCGCCUCGACAUCGGCUCUUCAGUUCCACAGUCUUCUUCCCUCCUUGGCCGACUUGGUCACCUAUAUCCAGCAGGUGAUCUGCAACCCCAACGACACAGAUUGCCAGAGCCAUGCCUCGUCUCUCCUCUCUGCCGAUUCAGUCGACAUCGACUACGACAGCAUCUCCCAUUCGCUUACCUUCUCCGGGUUCUGGUCCAAGCCGCCUGAGGGCCAGGAUGGAUGGACAGAAGACAUCAGAAAGCACAACAAAGGGACAAAUGAGAAGGUCGAAGUGGGACUGCUGGCUGCCCAGAAGGCCGUAGAACCGGAGGAGCUUUCGAUGGGGGGCUUUCUGACUGUGAUAGGGGAGGACAAGAAGCUCAAACCUACUCUAUUCUCUUUUCCGUCUCGACACCACCCCCUUCCAGAGGAUGCCUCAUAUACGGCAUCAUUUGAGUCCCCAACAGGAUUGCAUCCUACGCUGAAAAUCUCAAUGCCCCGGCGGGCUCUUCUGACUCGCCCGCCUGCUCCUCCAGAUGCCACAUGUGCUCUCCAUACCUACCUGACUCUCCCUUCAACCGUCUUCGCCGACAAGUACCAGCUCUCGACCACUGACUCAUUAUUCCUCAACUCGCACCAUCUCGUCGCUCUUCGGAGCGUUUCUGGGGAGACAGAUCUCGAAGCCCCUGACUGGGUCGUCCCACGCUGGGGCUCGAACCUGCUUCUCGAACUGGCGACUCCAGAGAGUGCUGCGGGCGGAGAAGACUGGAACGUCACCAUCCCCCUGCAUCUGCGCUACCUGGAACCCUCCGAGACCGGGUAUCGCUCCACAUCCGUACCGUGGCCGGUCGUGUUCUGGGCCUGCACCGCCGAAGACGGCACAAAGAUGGGCGUCAAUCCAUUCGACCGGGUGAACCUGGGCUGGGAUGGGCUUUUUGGUCCUCGCACCAUGUUCUUCCAGCUUCAUCCAUCCGCGGCAGCAGCAUCAUCCAGCGAGGCUCCUGCUGCUCCUGCUGCUGUGUCCCCCCAGUCGCGGUUAGUUGAAGACAUUCAAGUCCCCGUGCUUCAGACGUCUCUUGAGGAAGGAGCCAGUGGUAGUCGAGUGCGACAGAUCGAGCUAGGUACGGUGGUUGUCAUCGUGCUAGGGUUCGUCUGGGUUCUCUGGAAGUUGGGUCUCGUUGUUCGAUCGUCUGGGAUUGGUAGUGGGCGACGACAACGAAAACAACCUGCUCGCAGGCAGGAUAAGAAAGAUGAAUGA